GUCUCUCAUGGCUGGGAAAGGAGGUGGAGUGGGCGGAGCUUUGAGGAGAGGGCGUGGCUCCCACCUGCCAGGCGCAAUGAGGGCGCGGUUUGGGGAGUGGGCGUGGCUUCCUGCCAAUGCUGCCACAGAGCCGCCCGUCAGUCAGUCCCGCCCGGAGCUCAUCCUGCAGGCAGCGUGGCCGGGAGGGAGGCGGCUGGAAGAGCUCCAUCCGAGCCCAGCGUUUCCUUCCAGGCGGGGAGGAGGAAGAGCGACGGACGGGCAGAGCAGCUCCUUUCCCUUCCAUCGGGGCGGCCGUGCCUCAUGCCCGCCUCUUGCCUGAGCCCGCGUUUGGCAUGAACAAGGCACUCCAUAUGAAGAAUAAAAACCCUUGACUCUGUAACCGCACUGCUUCCUUGAACAGUGAAAGAAGAAUGAGAGAAGAAUCUGUCUGACUCUUAAGAUAUCGGACCAUCGGGCAAAAAGAGCGCAAAAUGGCUCAGUGUAAAAACAUUGCGGCUCAUUUCCUCGAAGAAUGGCGCCGGCAGGAACUACCUCUCAGCUGUAACAAACACCGAAAUGUCCGGAAAAAGCAGAGACUGAUACGAAUAAUGGGACUGUUUCUCGGCAUUGUGGCCAUGAGCACGCUUUCUCUUUCCAUUAGUGCCUUUUCUCAGCUGGAAGCGUAUAGCUCAGAGACAGCCAGCAACGUAGAUAGCCAAAAGUUUGCACACACACAGCAGAGGACUCUGUUGGACUUUAAAGAUCAGAACCAGAAUGGCACCCCAGGUUCAUCUGUUUCUAUGAAACAUGAGGCCGGAAGUGAGAACCAAACGGAGGAACACAAAGGGGAGUAUCCCGAAGAUCUUUUUUCUCUGGAGGAGAGAAGAAAGGGUGCUGUCAUUCUUCAUAUUUUGGGCAUGGUUUACAUGUUCAUAGCCUUAGCCAUUGUCUGUGAUGAAUUCUUCGUCCCUUCGCUGACAGUCAUCACAGAGAAGCUGGCAAUUUCCGAUGAUGUGGCUGGAGCCACUUUCAUGGCUGCCGGGGGCUCGGCCCCAGAACUGUUUACUUCUUUGAUAGGAGUCUUUAUAUCCCACAGCAACGUUGGCAUCGGGACAAUAGUCGGGUCUGCCGUGUUCAAUAUCCUCUUUGUGAUCGGGAUGUGUGCUUUAUUUUCCAAAGAGAUUUUGCACCUGACUUGGUGGCCGCUCUUCCGGGAUGUGUCUUUCUACAUCAUGGACUUGGUAUUGUUGAUUGUCUUCUUUUUGGAUAACUUCAUCAUGUGGUGGGAAAGUUUAACGCUACUGAUUGCUUAUAUGGUCUAUGUGACCUUCAUGAAGUUCAACAUGCAAGUUGAAGCAAUGGUGAAAGGGCUUUUAAACAAGAGCAAAGUGGAGAAAGUCGCGCCAGAACCUGAAGGAAAGACAAACAUUGGGGAAGAGCAGACACUGACGACAAAGCCACGUCUCCAGCGGGGUGGAAGCUCUGCAUCUCUGCACAACAGCCUCAUGAGGAACAGCAUUUUCCAACUUAUGAUUCACACGCUUGACCCACUUGCUGAAGAGCUUGGAUCAUAUGGAAAGCUAAAAUAUUAUGACACAAUGACUGAAGAAGGGAGGUUCAAAGAAAGGGCAUCAAUUCUUCAUAAGAUGGCGAAAAAAUGUCAAGUGGAGGAUGGUGAAAAGCGGAAUGGAACUGCUAAUCAUGCCGAAAAAAUUGAAGUUGCUGUGACACCUCCAAACGAUGGUUCAGGACCAGUACAGAAUGGAGCUGCUGUUGGAGCAGAUGAGGGAGAUGAGGAUGAAGAGCAGCCUCUCAGCCUGGCAUGGCCUGACACCCCGCGCAAGCAACUCACCUACUUGUUCAUUUUACCUAUUGUUUUUCCAUUAUGGGCAACCUUGCCUGAUGUCAGGAAGCCAACAUCGAAGAAGUUUUUUCCUUUCACAUUUUUUGGAUCAAUCUCUUGGAUCGCAGCAUUUUCAUACCUUAUGGUCUGGUGGGCACAUCAGGUCGGAGAAACCAUUGGCAUCAGUGAAGAAAUCAUGGGCUUGACCAUCUUAGCUGCUGGCACAUCGAUCCCUGACCUCAUCACCAGUGUUAUUGUGGCACGGAAAGGACUGGGGGACAUGGCAGUGUCCAGCUCUGUGGGAAGUAACAUCUUUGACAUCACAGUGGGGCUCCCUCUCCCGUGGCUCCUCUAUGCUCUAAUAAACAACUUUGCCCCUGUGGCGGUAAGCAGCAAUGGGCUCUUCUGCGCAAUUGUCCUCCUCUUCAUCAUGCUCCUCUUUGUCAUCCUCUCUAUUGCGGUCUGUAAGUGGAACAUGAACAAAGUGCUGGGCUUCACCAUGUUUGGGCUUUAUUUUGUGUUCCUGGUCAUCAGUGUCAUGCUAGAAGAUAGGAUCAUUGUGUGCCCUGUAUCCAUCUAACAAGAUGGUGACACUGUUUCUUGAACAACAUGGCAAACCGGGAACAGGCAAGAACAGAUAACCUCUCAUGCAACCCAAAACAAGCAGUAUUUUAGUACCCUGCAUUUAAAACACUGGAGACAAGAGGGGCUGGAGUCAAAUGGAAAGGGACUUCAUGUUGUGGACAAGUUCAGCUGAUCCAUUUCCUGCUGCUGAACAAACAUCAAAGAACGGCUGCCUGCUACAGAACAUGCUCCUGGGCUGGUUCCACUGCUUAUCCAUUGGAGGUAUUGUGCAUAUAUUGUAUUACCAAUGUUCAGCUUUGUAUGUAUGCUACACAUAGGAUCCAUUUCCAUAUAUUUCUUAUCUCUCUGCCUAUAUACAUCCCACUCGGAGAGAAAGAGAAAGCAGUAUUUAUUCAUAUACAAGCGAAACGUUAAUAUCUAUCUUUAGGAGACCCAAAUCUCCUCUAUGGGAUGUUACCUAUUCAUAAAGGCUGAUGGAAGAAGUUAUCCAAUACUAAUAGCACAGGCAGCAUGGCAGAGAGCUGGGCUGGAUGGCCCUUGUGGUCUCUUCCAACUCUGUAUGACCAGAGAAGGCUGAUUUUCUGUCUGCAAGCAAAGUGUUAUUCCUAUGUUUUCUGCACUUAAUGUGGGAGAUUGAGAGACCAAGGUGUAUUAGUCUCCCAACAAGUGGUGGGAUAACUUUUAUGGAUCCAGAUAUAUAUUUUAAACAAUGUACAACUCACAUUAUCUUGCAUUCUGUAGUUUUGAAAUGUAGAGGUCCUUGUAGGUGCAUGCUCAGCAUUACUACAGCCUCAAGUGACUCCUUGCAUGUGUGGAGGUAUCAUUAGAGAUCAGAUGUCACAGAAAGGGAUUUCAUGUUGCUUCCUUUACAGUAUUAAUCAUGGCAAGAGCCUGCAUUUUCAGCUGCAUAUUUAGAGAUAAUGAGUAAACAACCAGUGUCCAUGCAUGUGUGAUCCCACCACAUAAUCCAAUACCACCUGACUUCCUUGCAGGGCUUCUGCAUUUUUGUUCUCCUUAUAAACUGACAUUUUCUUACAAGGCUAUCUGCAAUACUUAUAGAUAAAACCCACACUAAUGAUUUGAAGUAUCUUCUGCCAUCCCCUGAUCAUCCAAGUAGAAAUUGCAGGUACAAAAUAAACUCUUUUUACUAGUACAGCAGUAAUGUAAGCUUAUUGAAUCAUGUUAAUGCUACUUCCAUUAGUGUAUUUGCCUCGUCAUAUGAGAGGCUAAAGUGACCCACAUAGCUUUUAAAAUAAGAAUUGAAAAUUGCUGCAUGAAGGGGACAUUCUGUAUGGUGCUUCAUUUUCUUAUAUGUGGUACUACAAAGCUUCACAGUUCUCAUAUUGCUUAGUCAUAUUGCCUAGUCUGCUUGACAGGAAACGUUGAAUGUAGACCACAUUGGCUCAUAGACUAAGCUUCAUCCUACUCAAAAGCAAAUCCAAGGCAAACAGAUCACUCUAGUAUCAAAGGGGGGGAAAGAGGUGUUAAAUUUCCAAAACACAGCAUUAAAUAGAUCACUUUAUGUUACAACAAUCUGUUUGUUCUCUAUUUUCUCUCAUUCAGUGUCAUUUUCACAAGUGACUCAUUCACCAAUGUUCUUUAUGUAUUAAGUUACCCAUGCACAAUGGAGAUUGGAUACCUAGGACUAUAUUAACAGGGAAUUCGGGUUAUUUUUCCAUGACUUUGGGGCCAUAGGUUUUUUUUUGUUUUUGUUUUUUUUGUGUUUUUUUUUGUUUUUUGCUUUUCUACUACUUUUAUUCUUUGCAGCAAAAACAAAACUGAUCUGUUUAAAAGGUAUGGAGAAUGAGGCAGUAAGGAAACACAUCAAACUUCAGUUGGUCCUCUCUGUCCAUGAAUUCAACAAGUUAAAAAUAUUCCCCUCCCCAAAAAAAUCCAAAAAGCAAAGCUUGAUUUUGCCUUUUUGUAUAAGGGACACCAUUUUACUAUAUCAUUGUAUAUAAUGGGAUUUAAGCAUUUACAGAUUUGGAUAUCCUCGGGAGGGUCCUGGAACCAAAUCCCAGCGGAUACCAAGGGGCUAUUGUAUCAUCUCUGCUGCCCUAGUAAUUUCUCUGCGAGUAGUUUCUUGUCCACCAGCAUCUCAAUGAUCUAGUCUUUGCUUGUUGAUAGCAUCCAUGUUGCUGAAUACUCUGGGUUUAAAUGUAGAUUUUUCAAGGAGCUGUCCAUGGUGCCAAAUGCUGUCCUCUAAGGUUCAGUACCUUAGGUAGCUUCUUUAAACUCCAGGAUGGAGUGGGUUUACCACCAACUCUGAUUCUGGCUGUUCCCUAUAACAUCCAUUGCUAUGAAGAUGUGGCAUGAUUUUGGGACUUUACUAAAUAUUGAAAUCAGGGGUAAGUCUGCCACUCUCACACACCUUUCCUAUAUUGGUCAUUGUUUUGGUCAGUGCUGCCUGAUUCUGCAUGUGUUUGUUUAGAAAUGUGCAACCCAAUUCUUGGCUUAUACUUGAAGCCUCUACAUUCAACAGAACCUGCUACUAUCUAAAUAGGAAUAGGAUGCAGCCAUAAGUACAAUCCAUAGUAGGUGUGUAAAUACUUUUCAUGUUUUAAUAUCUGGAUAGGAAUGUGAACACAAAGUAUACGUACCUGCCAUUUGCAUUUAUGCUUAUCAAACAGCCAUACCACAUGACAAAGUUCAUAUUAGUUGUGUUAGUAUUGUUGGGAGAAGUAUGGAAAGGGGGAAAGAUUUAAACUAAUCUUGGAAUACACUUAUGAUCCUGGCAUGAUUUAUUCAAGCCCAUAGAGGUUUUCAAGAUGGCUUCUCCUAAUCUGUUUUGAAGGCAUUAAAAUAGCAUUACUUCUGCGGCAAUUUGUAGUUCAAAUUAUGGAAUGCAUAAGAAUGCUUGGGAACAUGGUUGUUUUGUAUGCAGUACGGUAAUUUGGACUACAAUCCGAAACAUUGGAUUGAGGAAACAACAUCCCAUUGAGCAUGGUGGACAUUGUGUUGUCAAAGGCUUUCAUGGCCGGAAUCACAGGGUUGUGACAACCUCUUAGGAUGCCUGCCAUAGAUGUGGGCAAAACAUCAGGAGAGAAUACUUUUGGAACAUGGCCAUACAGCCCAGAAAACACACAACAAGACCAUGGUGGACAUUAUUUCUAAGUAAACGUGCACAGAAAUUGUCAUAUAAGUCUUUCAGCAGAAGGGAGUUGCAGUUUUUAGACAGAAAAAUCUUCCAGACCUAGUAGUGUAGCUAUUUUAGAUAGGAUUUUCAAUUUUCCUUCUAAAAAGAAUAACGUACUGACAUUAAUGAAGGAUGCACAUUCCCUGGUCACCAAAGCAAUGUGUUCAAUGGCUAAUAUGGGUUGCUUGGCCAUUCAAAACAUAUUGCUUUUAUCAUAAAGAUCAUGGCCUUUAAUACCAACUCAUCCCUGCAAACACAAUGUGCAAAAUGUAUUCAGUACAUCUCGGAAGAAAUCAUCAUGCAUCACUUUUUAAAGAGCAAAAUUCUCAAUAAAAUUUGGAGAUCUUUCAAAGAGACGAUGAUGAGUAAGGUUUUAGGAUGCAUGUCAAGGGAAGAAAGGCUGAGGAACAAGGCAUUUCUUGAUGAAGAAAUGAAUAAACUAGCUUUGCAAAAACACCAUUUGGGGAGACAACUGUGCAGGAAGCAGUGGGGGUGGUUGGCUCUGCAAAAAAAAGUGACAUUUGGAGGGGACAGAGAACCUUUAUGAGAACAAACAGUUCCAGCAAAUUUCCAGAGCUUCCAUUUGACAGAGGUGUUCUUCAUUAUACUAUGUAUGUUCCUCCAAUUGAUUUCCAUGGCUCCAACCUUCCUUGCUGUUUCAAACAUUACAUUGUACUCUUAGGUUACUGGGAUUCUAUUGCCAAAUAGCAGGUUAGUUAUCUGGAAUCAAUAUAUGGAAUCAGAACAUAGACAUGUUGGUUAAGAUUCUGCAUUGAGAGACAAAGAUAUGGAGACAUAAGGUGCAUCAAGACUGUAAAUUUCAUAUGGUUUGACACCACUUUAACUACCACAGCUCAAUGCUAUGAAAUCAUGGGAAGCCAAGGUUACUCACCAAAUGGCAACUCCCAGGAUUCCACAGCAUUGUGCCAUGGCAGUUAAAGUGGUUUCAAACUGCAUUAAUGUUGCAAUGUAGAUACACCCAUAAUGAUGUUUCCGAAAACAACUCUCCAAAGUCCUUCCUUUUGAAGCCUUUCAUCCUGCUCUCUCCUACAGCCAUUUCUGAAGCAAUGGAGUGGAGUAGUAAAGUGUGAUGUGUCCAGCCCUCUUUCUAUUGAAAGAGAGGCUAAUGCAGGCCUAGCAAGAAGAUGAAAUCUAGUGUGUUGGGGUUUUUUGCUACUGUUGAUUCCCCAACGGUAUAUUGUGCUGAAGGAGUGGCCAGUGCUAGCACUACAGAGAAUCCCAUGGAUAAUAGCAAACCUUAUUGAAAUGUAAAAUUUGCACCAGAAGUUACCAUAAAAUCCAACUGGAGGACCUAGAAAAUGUCUGGGUAUAUCCUCUCUAGGAAUUUGCUAGAUUCUUCAGUAGACUUUUAUGGUAACCUCAAUGGAAGCAUACUAUAAAAUCAACUAGAGUAGUGGUUCUCAAUCUGUGGGUCCCCAGAUGUUGUGGCCAACAACUCCCAGAAAUCCCAGCCAGUUUACCAGCUGUUAGGAUUUCUGGGAGUUGAAGGCCAAAACAUCUGGGGACCCACAGGUUGAGAACCACUGAACUAGAGGACCUAUAAAGUUCCUAGAAAAGACAUCUUUUGUCAGUGGGUUAGUGAAUCUGCUGUUACUGAUUCUGUGAAUAUGGAGGUUGUACUGUACUAUAUAGCUAUUAUAUUUUAAAAUAUGAAGAUUUAAAUAUAUAGGGAAUAUUUUUUUAAGAAUCUGGUAUUCGUCUUGAAAGAUUCUAUAAAAAGUGAUCAAAGUUUGAGAUUUUAUUUUUUAUUUUUUAAAAAGAACAAGCCUGACUUGCUAUUUUUUAAAAUAAAAGACAGCCUUGUUCCAUUAGUCUGAGAAUUACUUUCCAGUAAUCCAUACUCCAAAUGCAUUACUAUUUGUGAAAUUGAGCAAUUUAGCAAUUUUUUAAACUCCAAUAUGAUUGGAGUUUUACAGAUUACUUAGGGAAAUUGUGCAUGUCGAAAAUGGCUUGUGUCAAAGGGAAAAGAACAUGCAAGAAAAAGUUUUAUACUGAGCCAUAUGGUUUUAGUUAGCCUGAUAUUGGGGUGAUGUACACAUGUCCUUCAGGAUGAUGUUAGACAGCAGCUCCCAUCUCUCCUCUUUAUUCAUCCAUCUGGCUCAGAUUGAUGGGAGUUGCAGUUGAAUGACAUCUAGAGGGACAAUUAUUCUCAUUACUGAACUACUCAUUGAGGCAACUGCUCUGGAAGGUCAGGCAAGUUCUGCUCCAUCCUUGCUAUCUCAGAUCCUUUGAAUUGGAAAACUAGGGGUGAAUCUUGUACCAUUUUAACAUACAAAUGGUGUACUUUGAGGGGGGUGUACUUUGUGUACUCGAAUGGCUCUUGUUAAGAUGUUAUAGAUUGAUUCUCCCUUAUCUUGAUAUCCAAAAGACUCCAAAACUUAGAAGGUUUUGCUACCAAUCACCCACUUUUGCCUUUGGGGAAAGGGGGCUAGUCAACUAUUGGGCGUUUCCUCAAGGAACACUUGUUACAUCACUAUCAGAUAUUUGACGAGAAGGGAUAGGCGGAAUGGAGGGAGGACUCCACUUGCACAAGUCCCCUUGAAAAGCAGAUGUUUCAAAUGCUUCCACGCUUGUAGAAUCAUAGUAUCAGAGACUAAGAAGAGACCUCAUGGGCCAUCUAGUCCAAACCCCUGCCAGAUGCAGGAAAAUCGCAUUCAAAGCACCCCCGACAGAUGGCCAUCCAGCCUCUGCUUAAAAGCCUCCAAAGAAAGAGCCUCCACUACACUCUGGGGCUGAGAGUUCCACUGCUGAACGGCUCUCACAGUGAUGAAGUUCUUCCUAAUAUUCAGGUGGAAUCUCCUUUCCUGUAGUUUGAAGCCUUUAUUCCACAUCCUAGUUUGCCUUCUGCUUGGCCAGACUUGGAGACACAUGAUGGAGCAGGAUUCCUAGAAACAAGGAGAGAGGACAAACAUGGAGCGACCCCACUGGCCAUCACCCAUAUCCAACCCAGAGAUAAUGAAAAAUAUUCAUGGAAGGAUCCUUCUCCCUUUCUGGCCACUUUACUAAAAGAGUGGGAAGUGUACUACCGUGUUUCCCCGAAAAUAAGACAGUGUCUUAUAUUAAUUUUUGCUCCCAAAGAUGCUCUAGGUCUUAUUUUCAGGAGAUGUCAUAUUUUUCCAUGAAGAAUUCACAUUUAUUGUUGAACAAAAAAAAAUGAACAUUUAUUAUAUACUGUACAGUAGUUGUCAUCACAAACCAGCAUAACCAAACAAACUGUGAAUCCUAUCAAGAAUUUCUUGUUGUUACCAUUAUUUCCAUGUACAAUACUCUAUGGUAGGUACAUUAACCGAUCCUGCAUGCUCUGGUGUUCUGUUCGGCAGGCAUGCUUCCAAACAAUAACUUUGCUAGGUCUUACUUUCAGGGGAGGCCUUAUAUUUAGCAAUUCAGCAAAACCUCUACUAGGUCUUAUUUUCUGGGGAUGUCUUAUUUUAGGGGAAACAGGGUAGCAGCCAGGGAAGCAUCUGGGAAAUCCACUUUUUCUAGGUGCCUUGUGUCAGCAGAGUUCUCUUGAGGAAAAACUGGAUGUCUGACUAACCCCCUUUCCCCUAUCACUUGAAGUCUGGUGGAGGCAUGGCAGGGGGUUGGACUGGAUGGCCCUGGUGAUGUCUUCCAACUCUAUGAACCUAUGAAAUAUAGAUAUUCCAAAAACUGGGGGGGGGGGGGGGGGGAAUCCAAAAUCUGAAAAGGUCUGUCUCCAAGCAUUUCAGAGAAGACAGACUCCAUCUGUACCAACGUGAUAUAAUAGACAAUGGCUGCACUUCUGUAUGCCUCAGUGUAGCAUAGAACGCCUUCUUGCAGUCCUAUACCACCACCACUACAUUGGCAUAAACAGACACAAAAUUAUAAUAGUAAUAAUAGCAAUAUUGAGGUGGGUUUCAGUGCUGAUGACAUCAUUUCAUGUCCGUUGGUUUGGAGGGACUUCAAAGACUGUUCACUAUGUCAUUGGUGCUAACUUGAAUCUCAACUAGCCAUAGUUUCAGUCAGAGCUUCUAAACACAUAGCAUAUUAUGUUUUCUUGGAUGAUAUAUAAAUUGAAAAGCCAUGAAUCUAUAUUUUGAUGCAAAUCCCACUGAACUCUUUGGGACUACCAAAUACUACUACUAAUUUGAUUUCUAAAGCUGAUUGCUCAUCAAUUAUCCAUUUUGUUUCCAUCAGUCAGACAAUAUUUGUGAUAGAGAUUAUCCCCUAUCAAUCAUCCUAUCUAAUUAAACUGCUAUAUUAUGUUUUAACACUUUGUAAACAAGGGUAGUAUGUCUGGUCAGACUCUGAACUGACUCCAGUAUUGAAACAAAAUGUUUUAUUUGAGUCAACAUGUGUACCUCCAUGCCAGAUCUGCCACAAUUAAUGGUAAAAUGAGAUAUGCCACAUUUAGAGUCCUCCAAAUGUGAAAUGUAAUCAAUUGCAUUAAUAAAUACUCUAGCCUCCAGUCAGUUCAUACACGUGAAUGGUUUAGUAUUGAGAUAGAAUUCAUGGUUACACACACAUCCCAAUGCUGUUGAUGCUAAAUAAUUGUAUAAAUAAACUUCCAAAAAAUCUGUAUAGUUGAAAGUAGACCAGCUUCAUUGCAUAGACGUUAAUAGUGACGGGGAAGAUAUUAAUUGGUUUGCUGAAUCAUAUCAAAGGGCCUUCUACAUCUAGCAUUCAAAUACCCUCUGGAAAUUUUAAGUAGUAUACUCAGAUGUGGCCACUUUAGGAAUUAGUGAAUAAUGCUGCCUGAAUCUUAUCUGAAUUUGCGACAAAAUAAACAUAAUGGAUUGAAUCAAUACAGCCUGAGUUUUUCAGUGACAGCCUCCUAAAAAUUUAGCUCCCACUCAUCUCCUCUUGACCUUGUAUAGGCAACUGAUGGAACUGGGACAUGCAUAGUUUUCUAGAUGGACAUUAUGGACUUCUUGCACAAUUGGAGCAUCUUGUUAGUAAAUCACAACUCACUUCUGUGGUUGCCAUGAAUAUAAUGGUAAGGUUCCUCCUAAAAAAUCACCUUGUAAGCCGCAAAGCCCAGCAACAUGGCAAUUUCUGUGUUGUGAUGGAAGGAGAUGGCUAGAAUUGCAUCCUUCUAUUUUCCUUUGGCUGGAUGUCACCUGUAGAAGUGUUACAAGGACUUCCAGAGGUUUCUGCAAAGCUUGUCAUUGUAAUAGCAAAACAGUACAGAAGUGGACAUAUUGUAGAGGCCUAAUUGUUUUUGUUGUUGUGUGCCUUCAAGUCAUUUCCGACCUAUGGCAACCCCAAGGCUUUCUUGGCAAGAUGUGUUCUAGGGGGGUUUGCCUUUGUAUUCCUCUGAGACUGGGAGACUAUGGCUUUCCCAAGGUCACCCAAUGCAUUUCCAUGACCAAAUGGAGUUUUGAACCCUGGUCUCCAGAAUCACUUUCACAAGGUGAUUUUUGAGGAGGUAACAUUGGGAGCCCAGAUGGUGCGGCGGGUUAAAUCGCCGAGCUGCUGAACUUUCUGACCAAAAGGUUGAUGGUUCGAAUCCGGGGAGCACAGUGAGCUCAUGCUGUUAGCCCCAGCUUCUGCCAACCUAGCAGUUCAAAAACAUGCAAAUGUGAGUAGAUCAAUAGGUAUCACUCUGGCGGGAAGGUAACCACGCUCGAUGCUGGCCACAUGACCUUGGAGGGUCUUCAGCUUAGAAAUGGAAAUGAACACCAACCCCAGAGUUGGACACAACUGGACUUACAGUCAGGGAAAAACCUUUCCCUUUACCUUUUAACAUUGGGAAACAAAAGUAUGGAGAUGCAUCUAUGUGAGUAUUGCAUCUCCUGGUGUAGGAGCUCAGCCACAAUUCUAAUAAUUCUUUGAAUUCAGACAAGCAUAUUAUACAUUAGUUAAAUUUUGAAGUUGUCAUCAGAAAAAAGUAUUGAGGUUUCCAGUGUCACAAUUAUUCAUUAUAGAGAUGUUCUGAGAAUGCACAUAUAUGUUACUCCACUGCUGUAUUUCACAAAUGGCUUACUCUAAAAUAGACCCACUUAAGUCAAUAGCAUUUCUCUUGCACUAGUAUCCUGUCUGAACUUGUACAAACCUAUUGAGCCAGUAAACUUUGAAAGAGCAGACACUAAUGGUGAAAAUGUUGAUAAAGAGUUAUAAAUGACAAUCAGGUAUUAUUUUUAUGGAUUAUUUUUUUAAUACCCCAAAGAAUCAAACCCCCUUUGUUUCUGUUUUAAGAGGAAUGUUUUUAUUUUGAGCUGCUAAUAUUUUAUUUAUGUUGAAUAUAAUGUUUUGUAAAGGAAUGAAUAUAUGCAGUUUCCAAAUAAUAAUAUAAUUUAAUUUUGUGUAUUUAUUGAAUGCUGUUCAAGGAAUGAAAAUGGGAUAAUUGAAUCACUGUUUUCUCUGUGAAUACAAGUUUGUAUAUAAUGCAAAAGCUCUGUACAUAAUUGUUGCAGAAAUAACUAUCUUUUGAACGCGUCUCUUCAUUAUAAGUACUGAAUUAUACCUGUGCUUUGUGUACACUUUUCCACACAGUUACUCUGUAUUAACGGUACCCACUUCUCCUACUUAAGGCACUCUGUGUAACCUAAAGCUUCUAAAUAUUGAAAAAUAAAAUGAACACAUUUUAAACAGUGAAA